UUUAUUCCGCUUUGUUUUGCGGAGGUGAGAGGACAUAGUGUUGCGCUCGCUCGUGUGUAUCGGUUGUGUUCAAUGUUUUCCUUGAUAAAUCCAUUUUUUGUGUGAAUAAACAUUGUAUUUUGUACGAAAAGUGUAUUCUUAUUGGACGGAACUGUGUUCGUGCUCGAUUUGAAUUGGGAAUCAUUCAUUUGCGCAAUCGUUCGUGAGACUCGAUGUCAAUAAACUUGUCGGUGGUAUUUUAUGGGAAAGGUGUGCCGCGUCGCGUUUGUACCUGUAUGCGACGGGUGGGUGUUUUGGCUGGGAUGGUGUCUGGGAGGUCCGUGAUGGGGCCGGUGGUGGCAUGGUGCUGAGGCGAGAUUAACCAAGAUGAUUUUACCGUCACCGGGCUGUAAUCCGCUUCUAAACUUGGCUUCGAAUAGAACACCAUCCCUGAACACAAGCAAAGGAAUAAGACUAUGCACAGCCUACAGCGCCUAUUUCGCAAGACUGACUUCAUCUGCCUUAACCAUGAGCAGCGACGCGAGAUGAUCAAGAGUUUAUAAUGUGGAGAAAUCAAUAAUUUUUGAGCAAAAUUUUAAAACGCUAUUUUUGGAGGAUUUUUAGUAGACACAUGUGAAUGGUGCUUUACAGUGUAGUGAAGUGAAAGCGUCGAUUAUCGAUAUCGAUAGUCGUGUAAUGAGUGUCUGUGGCUCGGGGUGGUGAUAAGCGCGAUGUCGAGCGAGGUAGACCCCGUGAAGGUGGAAGGGGUUCACGUGUCAGUCACCACUAUCAGCAUGUCCGGCCCGGAGACCAAUAACGUGAAGUUUUCGUACAGCUCAAGUGGGGUGCGCAUCAGUGUGUCCUCGGACCCGCACGAUGAGGACUCCACCGACGCCGAGGUCUCCAAGAUCGACUUCACACAACAUCAGAACGAGGUGAACAUGCGCAACAAGAAGAAAAGGCCAGCCAGCGGCGCGCAGGCCGAGCCUCAGUCCAGCGACCGCGAGAGGCCCAUGUCCUGGGAGGGAGAGCUGUCGGACUCCGAGAUGGUUAUAGACACCAGUGUCAAUAAUGAUGAAAACAGCAGUUCUUUAGACCUGCAGUCGUCGCGGGAUUCCAUCGACACGCUGCGCAAUGUCACCAUCAAGACGGAGCCAAAAACCGAAGCCUUCCAGAGCCUGGAUGACCACAGGGCCUUGGACCUCAAGUACCCCGCGCUGCAGCCGCAUCAGAGGAGCCUCAGUAUGAACAGGAUAUCAGUCCUCACAGACAACACCUCCCUCUCGUUAGCCAGGCGGCCUUCCUCUCCCAGCAGCGCCACGUCACUGGUCCUCGACCAGAACAACGUGCCAAUCAUGCCGCAGACCUCGCUAGGGGAGGUGCAGAACUUGACCAUCAAGAAGGAAACGCAGCUGUCAGAGCUAAAAUGCGAGCCGUCUGUAGGCAUGGACAAGCUGUUAGGCGCCUUGCACGGAUCACCCUUACUGGGCCGGCUACCACGGGUCCAGUCUAGCGCCAGUACCGACUCAGCAGUGCAUUCCAUGUACACGCACAGCGUAUACAGCAGUCCUUCGGCCAGUCCUCGGGCCUCGCGGCACUACACGCCGUCUCUGUCGCGCAACAACAGCGACGCCUCGCACUCCUCCUGCUACUCGUACAGUUCGGAGUUCUCGCCCACGCACUCGCCUGUCCAGGGUCGACAUCCGCAUGUGGUAUACCGAGAAGCGACAGCGCCGGUGUUUCCCGCGUCGCCCGCGCACGACGAGGACACGGAAACUGAUGACAGGCUGCACCAUCAUCAGGGGAUCAGCAGGCAGCAGCUUAUCAACAGCCCCUGCCCCAUCUGCGGCGACAAGAUAAGCGGCUUCCACUACGGCAUAUUCUCGUGCGAGUCGUGCAAGGGUUUCUUCAAGCGGACGGUGCAGAACCGCAAGAAUUACAUGUGUUUGCGCGGAGGAAACUGUCCGGUGACCGUGGCUACCAGGAAGAAGUGCCCGGCGUGUAGAUUCGACAAGUGCUUAGGGUGCGGGAUGAAGCUGGAAGCAAUACGAGAGGACAGAACGCGCGGCGGUCGCUCGACGUACCAAUGUUCGUACUCGCUAUCAGGCGCCGCGUCUACGGGCUCGCUGCUAUCCGCGCACGUGCCGUCUACGCUGCGACAUGCGAACAGUCUCACUUGCGUAAAUGGCCCCGGGUCAUAUAACAGUAGAGGGGAAUCGAGUAACAGUCGACUCACGCCUGACAUACCCCCAUUAUUGCAGGAAAUAAUGGAAGUGGAGCAUCUAUGGCAAUACAACGAGUCUGAACUGAACCGACUGGGCAAGUCCCCGGGGAGUCCCUCAGCGAACCCGCUGCUGGCCGCCAGCGGGAUCACCGCGCAGAACUCCAGCCCGGACUUCUUGGCCGACCUGUGCAACAUCGCGGACCACAGGCUGUACAAGAUCGUCAAGUGGUGCAAGAGCUUGCCGCUAUUUAAGAAUAUUUCUAUCGACGACCAGAUCUGCCUGCUGAUCAACAGCUGGUGCGAACUGCUGGUGCUUUCUUGCUGCUACCGCGGCGUGGGCACUCCUGGAGAGGUGCGCGUGGGCGGCGGCCGCGGCAUCACGCUGGACCAGAGUGCCAAGCUGGGCUUGACACCGUGUAUAGAGAGAAUGUUAAGCUUCACCGACCACUUGAGAAGACUACGAGUCGACCGAUACGAAUACGUUGCGCUGAAAGUCAUCGUACUUCUGACGUCAGAUACACCCGAACUCCGCGAAUCAGAAAAAGUGCGAGCGUCGCAAGAGAAAGCGCUUGCAGCGCUUCAAGCGUACACAGCGGCGCACUCGCCUGAUACUCCCGCCAAGUUUGGAGAGUUGCUCCUGCGCAUACCGGAGCUACAGCGGACUUGCCAGUUUUUCAUGCAAGUCGGCAAAGAGAUGCUCAACCCGGCGAACAAAGGUAAAGAUGGGGAGGGGCCAAGCUUCAACCUCCUUAUGGAACUAUUAAGGGGGGACCAUUGACCCCCACCCCCCACUUUUAAGGUCAAACUUCGAGCCUGUUGACAGGUUUAUGAAACAUAUUGCUCAAGAGUAAAAAUGAAAUUCUAGUUUUCUACGACGAUUAAUCUUAGUCACGUCAUUGUCAUCAUAGACAGAGUGUCUAUCAUCAACAUCGCAUCAUCACCUAGAUUUGAAAUGAUCAUUUAAGGACGUCGCACAUUUAUCAACCCGGAAAGGGAUCGUAAUCGUAUCAACUCGAGACGGUGAGUAUUCUUUGUAUGAAACUCCAUACUGCAACGCACUUAUAACGUAAACGCCUCGCCUCGCAACUGACAGCGCGCGAAAGGCGAUGACAGCUCCCGAAAGGCGAUACGGAGUUGAUCCCUUUCCGAGUUGUUAAGUCUGCUAUGAGCUUUAUUGAUGAAAUUGUGUCAUAUUGUACUCAGAUUUGGAUUAUAGGUGAACGAAUACUCGUCUAAUUCGGGGAUGAAAAAAUAAUCGUUGGGAACAAACUUGUUUAUGGUAGCUUGCAAUUUUUGCUAUUUUAUCUCGUAUUUUAAGGAUGAAUUUGGCGAGUAUAUUCCAACAUUUAUUUUUAUUGUAUUCUCUGUGUGUUUGGCAUUAAAAAUAUUAUAAUACUCAUCACAGAAAUGCAUUAAAACUGAUAAUAAUGGCGACAAUCAUUAUUGCAUUAAAAAUAAUUUAAAAAUCAUUAUUUGUUUCGGCCUUUAUACAAGACUGUGUAAAUAUCAUUACAUUCGCUUUAUAUUAGUAAAUAUAUCGUGCCAAUGUAGUUUAUGUAACAUAUACAAUUUAAAUGCAUUUAUUUUUCGAUCCAUUUUACAGUUGCUCUCCAAACUAUUUAGAUUAUAUUUUGGACUCUUUACUCGAUACAGUAUCUCUAUUUUUAUGUAAUUUUUAUAUUACUUGUACAUAAUAAAGAUAAUACUCCUUUACUAAUAAAACUGUACAUAUUUUAUACACCUACUCAGGGGUUAGUACAUUUUUUCAUAAAAAUAGGUUUUAUUUUGAUGUACUUAUGAAUUUGAGUUAAACGAUAUUUAUUUACAAAACAAGUAGGAAUAGGUGCUAAGACAGAAACUAUACAAUUGGCACACAAAUAUAAAGUAAGGCACAGAGGCUAUGGUUAUUACAACUAUUCUUUUAAAAAUAGUUUGACAGAUUUGCUUGGAAGUGGCGCCCUCUGUUCAGUUAAUCAGAAAAAUUGUUUGACACUCAACAAUUUAGCUUCUAGUUAAAAUAAUUCACGUAUAUUUUUAUUAGUAACGGGGUAGGGCUUUUCGGUGAUAUUUAUGUAAAUGUUGCACUGCCAUUAUUCUUUUAUACUGUAAUAUUUAUAUUUUAAGGCCAAGGGAACAAUUAAUGAUUAGGACGAUGCCUGAAUGCAUACCUACUUUGUGUAUAAAUAGAUAAAUACCUGAAUCAUGUACGUAAAUAACAUUUUAUCUAACAAGUACGUACGUUAUAAAUUACUGACUCAAUUAGUGUUUUUGUUCUAUAAAUGGCCCUGGUUAAAAUAAUUCAUAAAAAAUAUUGCUGGCAAGGUGUAAAUUAUUUAACAGAAAAAAUACAACAAUGUUAUGAAUUAUAUUCAUAGGUCUGUUUAUAAAGACAAUCUUAUAGCAAACACUGACAGGCUCAGUUCUUGGACUUAUUAUUGAUAAUUUCGCUGUGGUAAAACAUGCUGAGAAAAUACAUAAUGUAAAUAUCUAAAAAUACGCAGUUUAUUCAAAUUCAAGUGAAAAAAAUAUAUGGAGUAUAAAAAUAUUUAUUUCUUAAAAAAAAUACAAUAUUCAGUAGCUCAUUCUUGGUGUUAAAUGGCCAAUUUGAAUGCUGUCAUUUCACAGACAUUUCACUGAAAAACAGGUCAGUGAGUUUAAAAAUAUAAGCAAAUCCUAUAUUUUUCAACACUUUGCUCUACUAUUUAAAAGACGUUGAUAUUUUCAUGAUUAUUUAUUGUAAUUAUGUGUGUAAAAUGCUCUGUUUCAUAGGGGCUGAAUUGUAAUCAUUGCCAUUUUGUUAAGUUACUUAAUAGCUAGAUUAAUGUAGUUUUUGUAUCUUAGUUCGUAAGAAAUUGCCGAGAGUUUAACUCUCACGCUGUACGUACUUUAUUUACUUCUAAAUAUUUUAAAUUUCUUAUUUUCUUGACACUUAUUUCUUCUUUAUAAAUUAUACAUAUUUUUAAAAUUUUCUAAUGAAUUUCUUCACGUAGACUAGAAAUAUUUUUGUUUUUUAUAUUUUUAUUUCUCGGUGCAAUACAUAGCAUAAAGUUUUUGGUAUUAUAUUGUAAUUUUCGGCUUCGUUUGUCUGUAGGUUUAUCUUUUCUUUAUGCUAUGCUUUUGCACUAUAGAGUUUAAAAGAAAAACUAUUUUUGAAUAGUUAAAACCAGUCGUACACUGCCGUUGUAAAAAUAUAACGUUGCUAUGAGCAUCUGUAUAAUGUUGCAAUACUUUUUGUUUUAUGAAAAAAAUAUUCUCAUUUAUGCGUAGCUAAGAUUAGUGCAUUAGUUUAGAACUAGUUAAAAUAUUUUAGGCGUAAAAAUUUCGGGAGUUGCCUUAACGUGGAACGUUUCAUGAAAAUUUGGUCAAAAAUUCGGCAAUUGCUUUCAUAAUUUACUGUAUAGCAUAAGAUUUGUAAAUUGUAUUUUUUUUUACAGAAAAAAUGUGCCAAUAUUUUUUUAAUUAAAUUUUCAAACUAAUAAUACCAGAUUAAAUCAAAUCAAUGCAAGACAGAGACUGUAAACCAAGACGUAUGUGACUUAUGUAAGGGUCCAGAUUGACCAGAGUGAUUAACAAUUUAAGCAUGCAUUUUUUGUUACAUGAACUUUUUUAAUUCGAUGGAUAAUUCUAAAAUACUGAACUGACUGAGAACUAUCAAAUAUUUCAUAUUUAUUGCUUUAUCUUUUCACGUGCGCUUACGCAGGCAAUUUGGUAGUGGUCACCACUAAUUAAUUGACAUAUGAGCUGUCAAAACGCAAUUUCCCCAUGUAUUUUGUAUGGUAAUAACGUCAUGCGUCAUUGUUAAAAUGAAUUAAAAAAAUAAGUUUUAAGGACUAAAAUUAAGUUUUUAAAAAAAAGUUGUUUUACAGAACUUCUCUCCCUAAUUAAGUAGUAAAAAGUACAUAAUAUUAUGUCAAUUGACCGGUGGUGUCCACUAGCUUUUGUAAAGCUUAGAGCCGCCGGCGGCUUUUUGUAGUGCUAUCGACGUUAUAAGACUUGACAAAGUUGUCCUUAUAGAAUGAUAAUGUAAUUUAAAGGGCACAAGUACUUGAUUUCUAGUUGUAAUUGUAAGACACUUGUGUAUAAUGUUUAGGGAAUGUUGAAUAAUUGUUUCUGAAACAAAGUGCCACAAAAAAAGGAAUUGUAUCAACUUUACUUUUUAUUUUAUUUUACUAUGAUUUUUUUUUUAUCUGGAUGAACUAAAAAUUGUAAAUUCUACGUGUUUUGCGUAAAAACACUUAUUUUUAUUUUUUUUAAUGAAAAAACAAUAAUAAAAAAUAAAGAAAGUUGAUAUAAUUCACGAUUGAGAUUUUUAUGUGAUUGUAAUUUGCAAUUCGCAACAUUUUGCCAAUACAUAGUUAUUGUAUAAUUUGGCAUCUAUGAUAGUUUAAACUCUUUACUGAACUGAUAAUUUAAGAUGCUAGCCGUAAGAUAUUUUUGUAUUCAGUAAAGCAGUAUGUGUGGCAACAGAUGAUUGUAAAUCCGAAUAAUUUUUAUAUUAAAAAUUAAGAGGAACGUAAGAAUGGUAUCACGUCCAAUAAUUUGUAAUUUGUAUUUUUGUUAUAAUCUAUAAUAAGUAUUAUAGUGAUAUAUUAUUCUUUUAUUUUGUAGAUUAUGAAAAGAUUUUUUUUUCUAUAUAUAGAGCAAAAAAUAAAUACAACUUUGACUUAA